ACUAUUCUCCAGGGGAUUAUUUUGCUACCCCUCCGUGCCAUAUGUGCCAUAGUCAGUGUACUGCUGGCAUGGCUGUUUGCAUCAAUUGCAACUUUCCGUCACCCUGGAAAAGGAGCUAUGCCCCUGAAAGGAUGGAGAAGGAGGAUGAUCCAGACCACCCUCUCAUGCCUAACUCGUUUCAUGUUCUUCAUAAUCGGUUUCCGAGUUAAAGUAAAAGGAAAAGUGGCAAGUCUACAAGAAGCCCCAAUUUUUGUUGCAGCUCCUCAUUCAAGCUUUUUUGAUGCCAUUAUUUCUCCCCUAGCUGGAAUGCCAUCAAUUGUGUCUAGAGCAGAAAACCUCUCAACUCCAAUACUUGGCAAGAUUUUAAGUUCCCUUCAGCCCGUGGCAGUUUAUCGUCAGGACCCUGAUUCACGGAAGAAUACAGUCACCGAGAUAACUAAGAGGGCAUUAUCAGGAGGCCUGUGGCCACAGAUACUGAUUUUCCCAGAAGGCACCUGCACAAACCGAUCUUGCCUGAUCACAUUUAAACAAGGUGCCUUUAUUCCAAGAGUCCCUGUACAACCUGUGUUACUGCGAUACCCCAACAAACUGGAUACUGUGACCUGGACAUGGCAGGGCUAUUCACUAAAAGAGCUGUGUGUAAUGACAGUGUGUCAGCUCUUCACAAAAGUAGAAGUCGAGUUUCUGCCUGUUCAUGUUCCUACUGAUGAAGAAAAAAAUGAUCCCAUUCUUUUCGCCAACGCAGUCCGACAAACCAUGGCAAAUGCUUUGAACGUGCCAGUCACGGAUCACCUGACUUUACCCAUGGAAGCUGGGCUGGUGGAGUUCACCAAAAUUAGCAAGAAACUCAACCUAAAAUGGAAUCAUGUCAGAGAGCAGUUGGAUACUUUUGCUGCUAUUGCAAGUGCUUCCAAAGGGGGAAGAAUUGGAAUUGAGGAGUUUGCAGAGUACUUGAAGCUGCCUAUUUCAGAUGUCCUCAAAGAGCUGUUUCUACUCUUUGACAGGAAUGGAGAUGGGACCAUUGACUUCAGAGAAUAUGUAAUUGGUUUGUCUAUUCUUUGUAACCCAGCCAACACAGAAGACACUAUUCAGAUGGCAUUUAAGCUCUUUGACAUGGAUGAGGAUGGAACUAUAACAGAAAAUGAGUUUGCUUCUGUCAUUCAGUCAGCUCUGGGGUUGCAUGAGCUUGAUGUUUCUAUACUCUUUAAAGAAAUAGAUGCAGAUGAAACUGGGAAGCUGUCGUAUGAUGAGUUUAAGGAUUUUGCACUCAAGCAUCCAGAAUAUGCCAAGUUGUUUACUACAUACCUGGAUCUACAGAGAUACCAGCUAAGUAUGUUGGAGGAGGAUGACGCUGAGUCGCCUGAAGUCACAUACAGUCCAGUUAAAAGGAGUACAAGCCCAGUCUCAGAAAUAACACCACUGGCAAGAAAUAAAGUCCAUCCUCAAAGCAGUGAAGAGGAUAACUCAAGUGCCUCUGACAAAAAGGAU